GGCUCCCAUUUCCAGCUUCUCUUAGACAAUUGACCGUUGUAAUAUUUUACUAACUAUUCCAUAUAUAACCCCCAAUGAGACCGUUAUCAUUUUAUUUUUUCACCCCCGAAAGAGAAGCCGGAUUUUUGCUUUUUCUUCGAUCAAAUCCAUCGGCAGUCUCAAUCAGUAGCAUAAGAUCUCUUUUAGGAUCUCGAAUCCAAAAACCCAUAAGUUAUUUUUUACCAAAAAGAUGGAUUCGAAUCAGAGAAGAAAGAGCGGGAUCAAUCUCCCGGCUGGGAUGUCGGAGACAUCUCUACGCCUCAACACCGGCGCCGGAUCUCCAUCUCCUCUCAUCAGAGCCCUAUCGUCUCCGUCGCCUCGAAUAAUGUCGCCACGAACCAUAUCCAAUUUGACAUCGUCGCCGUCGUCCAAAUCCGCCGGAGCCUGCAGUGAUCGGUUCAUACCGUGUCGAUCUUCUUCCAGGCUUCACACAUUCGGGUUACUGGAUAAACCAUCGCCGGUGAAAGAAGGCGGAGGAGCGAACAAUGAGGCGUAUACAAGGUUAUUAAGAUGUGAAUUAUUUGGCCCUGAUUUUGGUUUUUCUUCUCCUGCAGGUGGGACUAAAGGUUCGGGUUCGUAUUCGUCGCCGGCGAGCAGUCCCAGCAAGAACAUGUUGCGGUUCAAGACGGAUAGUUCGGGCCAAAAUUCGCCGUAUUCGGGUUCAAUACUGGGUCAAGACAACGGGUCGAGUUCGGAGUCUGCAACUCCACCCAAACCCCCACGCAAGGUGCCAAAAACACCACACAAGGUUUUGGAUGCACCAUCGCUUCAAGAUGACUUCUACUUGAACCUUGUGGAUUGGUCUUCACAGAAUGUGCUUGCAGUUGGACUCGGAAGCUGUGUUUAUUUAUGGACUGCUACAACCAGCAAAGUGACAAAGUUGUGUGAUUUGGGGCCUAACGAUGGUGUAUGCUCUGUUCAAUGGACUCGAGAGGGGUCUUAUAUAUCUGUUGGCACUAGUCUUGGAAAAGUUCAGGUUUGGGAUGGGACCCAGUGCAAAAAGGUUCGAACCAUGGGUGGACACCAAACAAGAACAGGUGUGUUAGCAUGGAGCUCACGAAUAUUGUCUUCAGGAAGUAGAGAUCGUAAUAUACUUCAACAUGAUCUUCGUGUCCCAAGUGACUACAUUAGCAAGCUUGUUGGCCAUAAAUCAGAGGUAUGUGGGCUUAAAUGGUCUCAUGAUGAUAGAGAACUAGCAUCGGGUGGAAAUGACAACCAACUUUUGGUGUGGAAUCAGCACUCAACACAGCCACUCCUUAAACUGACAGAACACACCGCUGCGGUGAAGGCAAUCGCGUGGUCGCCUCACCAGAGCAACCUCCUGGUCUCCGGUGGCGGCACCGCCGACCGGUGCAUCCGUUUCUGGAACACCGCCAAUGGCAGCCAACUCAACCAUGUUGACACUGGUAGCCAAGUGUGUAAUUUAGCAUGGAGCAAGAAUGUGAAUGAACUUGUUAGCACUCAUGGGUAUUCCCAAAAUCAGAUUAUGGUGUGGAAAUAUCCCACAUUGGCUAAGGUUGCGACUCUAACGGGACAUAGUAUGAGAGUAUUGUAUCUAGCAAUGUCACCGGAUGGUCAAACAAUUGUGACGGGUGCAGGAGAUGAGACUUUGAGAUUUUGGAAUGUCUUCCCAUCUGUUAAAUCUCAGGCACCUGUGAGGGACUCUGGACUGUGGUCAUUGGGAAGAACUCAAAUCAGAUAAUGAUGAUACAGAAGAAGAUGACGGAUUGUAAAUUAUGGUUUUAUCAAAAUAGUAGAAAAAUAUACAUGCAUAUAAUACAUGCACAUACUAAGUUUUCAUUUGAUGAUAGGGUUUUUGGGUCUAUAUUGGCUAUAACAAUUAUUUUUUAGUGCC